UAUUGUUGCAUCAGCUCUGCACAGUCCGUAUCAGAGACGUGUACCGUUCGCAACGUGCUGCGAUCAUUUCGGCGUAGGCCUAUAGAAGGAAGGUCGGCUCCUAUAUCUUCUGAAAAGAAAAUGGCGAUGUUAGGUGAUCUUUACGUCAAUGCGACCACCGUGUUGGUUGCAUUGACUACUCUGGCUGCCUUUGCUUUGUACAAGAGCUCGAAGCGACCGGCUAACUUCCCUCCUGGACCGUUUGCUGUGCCUCUGCUCGGGAAUGUUACAUCAUUUUUGUCCAAAACUGCGUUGGAGGUCAUGUGCGAUCUGCAUAAGCAGUACGGAGAUGUCUUCUCACUGAGGUUUGGUGCUUUCAACAUGAUUGUAUUGAGCAACAUUCAGAUCGUCCGAGAAGCGCUGGUGACGAAAGCCGUGGAGUUUGCGGGUCGACCGAUGUCCUACUCAGGUGAAAUCAUCACCGAAGGAUACAAAGAUAUUGCCUUCUCGAACUACGGCCCGCAGUGGAGAUACCAGCGCAAGCUUGGCCACACUGCAAUUAGGCAUUUUGCGCAGAAAGAACAACUGCAGAAGCUCGUCUUCAGCGUCACUCCGCAAAUUGCCAAAGUUCUGGAUGACCUUGGGGACAAACCGUUCGCACCCAAGUACACCAUCGGCCAGAUCGUGUAUAAUAUCCUGGCAAGCUUGUGCUUCAACAAACAAUACGAGUUCAACCAGCCUGAACUGUUGCAGUGGAUUCAGUUGAAUGUUGAUGCACAGACAGCCUUCGGCAAUGGUCUUAUUGCUGACUUCUUUCCUGCCUUAAGUUUCAUUCCAACUCCGGGUGAACGGAAGGUUCGGAAGAUUAUUGCAGAGAUGUUAGCGUUCUUCAAAAAGGAGUUAAAGAUACAUAGGGAGCAGUUUGACCCAGAAAACGUGCUUGACUUCGUUGACUCGUUGCUGUUGACCCAGAAGCAGGCAUUAGAAGCUGGGGAGGAGGAAGCCGAACACAUCACCGAUACUCACAUUUGUCAGACAGUCUUUGACAUUUUCUCAGCUGGAACCGAGACAACCACUAUCACUCUUCACUGGGCGGUGGGUCUCUUGGCCGAGAAUCCGGACAUCCAGGAGAAGGUUGCCAAGGAGAUUGAUGACGUCCUGGGUCGCGAUACGCUCCCCUCGUUGGACGACCGCGGCUCGUUGCCAUACACCGAGGCCACCAUCCUGGAGGUUCACCGCUAUGGAUCAGUUGCGCCUUUAGGCGUCCCCCAUAGUGUCAUGACCGACACUACACUGGCUGGGUACGAUAUCCCCAAAGGCACCAUGGUGAUGAUUAACCAUCUGGCUCUGCACAACGACCCAACACAGUGGUCCGAACCGGAGAAGUUUAAGCCGGAGCACUUUUUGGACGACAACGGUCAACUGCUCAAAAAGCUCCCAGAGAGCUUUCUCCCAUUCAGUACCGGACGUCGCGUCUGCCUCGGCGAAGACUUUGCCAAGAAGGAAAUCUUCUUGCUCUUCACUUGGCUGUUUGGCCGGUACACCUUCUACAAGGUACCGGGCAAGGAGUCGGAGUCUCUCUUGACUCUCAACAAGGUGGCGGCUCUGACACAUCAGCCUGUUGAUGAGAUGGAAGUGUGCGUCAAGAAGCGAUAUUAAUUACCCUCAUCGAAGGGUAUAUACUUGGAAGUUCCCUCAAGUUUGUUUCUGAUACCUAUAUCGCCAAAUUAAAGUCGAUAGAAAUAAUAGAAUUUAUUGAUGCAUGUCGCCAACAGUUGCUUCCUCUAAGGUUGGGAAACCUAAGAUUGUCCUCACACAGCUCGGAACAUACAUAAUCAUAUAACACAGAGUUGAAUCUCUGCAAAUUUUGGGGCAUGUUUGCCAAGAUUAAAAUAUCAGAUUUGCCACUAAAGGCAUGUAGGAUCUUUUGCAUUUAUUCCAAAAGUAGCCUACCGAAUUAUAAUCAAAAAGCUUAUAUGGAUUAAAGAUCGUACAUCCCAUGAAAUUAUUCCGUCUAGCUCGCUGUCAUUUUAGAAGAAAUCGAGCGAAUCACCAACGACAAGUUGACUGCUUUUGGGAAAAUGGAGUUUUAAUUCUAUGGACAAAAUCGUGUUUCGUGAUCAAAAGAUGUGCCUAAUUGUUUUUCACUGUGUUCUCGAAAAGUGAAGCCACUGAGAUGGAAGUCGAACGGGUUGGGUUUUGAACAUUCUUCUUUUAAUUUUGAGUGGUGUACGUGUUAAAUAUUGGAAACGAAAAAAUGCAUGAAAAGGAAA